ACAUCGGCUUUCAACAGUUUGCGGAAAAACAGUUGUUCUAAAUCUAAAAAUGUGCAAAUGUUACAAUAAAAUAUUAUAGUAAUUAAAUAUAAAAUAAGUUAAAAUUAUGUUCAACAGCUGAAAAGUAAAAUUUGAUGAAAGAUUUCCAAGGAAUGCUCGUAAACUUAGGCUAAAAGUAAAAAAAAUAACCUCUUCACAUGAACGGUAAACUUAGAUUAUUCAGGAAAGUAGUUAGAUGUAAUUUACAUAAAUAUUUCUACUCUAGUAAUAGUAAUAAUCGGCUGUUGGAUCUUUUAGCCAACAUGCCGAAGUCAAAUACUGGAAAAACAGCUGAAGUUCAGCGUCAAAGAUUAAAACUUCCUAGAAAGGGAGAAAAAUAUGGUCCUAGCACUAUAUACUUACAAGUACUGGGUUCCGGGGCUCGAGGAGCACCCAACACACUAUAUUUAUUUACAGACCAAAAAAGAUAUUUAUUUAACUGCGGAGAAUGCAGUCAGCGUCUUGCACAUGAGCACAAAGUGAAGUUAUCAAGGUUGGAUCACAUCUUUAUAACAAGCAAGACUUGGAGGAAUGUAGGCGGUCUGCCUGGGUUGUCUCUCACUCUGCAAGAUGUCGGAGUUCCUAAUAUUACACUGCACGGUCCAGAAGGAUUGGAUGAAUUAUACAAUGCUACAAAAAGAUUUGUAAUAAUGAAAGAUUUAAAUGUGACUAUGGCCAAAUGCAGCCCCACAGAAGAUUUUGAAGAUAGUGUGAUGUCAGUUAAAUAUGUAUUACUUGGUCCUCACAAUAGUCUGCUCAGUUCAGACCUAAAGCCAGCUGCCAAAAAACCCAAACUAGAUACAACAAGAACAGAAACAAUGGAUCAAGAGUUUGAGGAAUUCAUCCAUGAUGACACUGAUUACUAUAGAGCGAAAUCUGAUCAUAAAAAUGCAGACAGCAACAAAAAUAAAAAUCUUAAACAUAAACCUAGGUCGCCUGUUGAAAAAGACGCAAUGAAGAAGAGGGCAGAGAAACUGAUGCAUAAUUUAAAUAAACUAGGCACUACAAAUACAGUUGCAUACAUUUGUACACUUAAGAAACGGCUAGGUACCCUAGAUUUAGAGAAAUGCGUAGAAUUCGGCGUGAAGCCAGGUCCAUUGCUUGGUCAAUUGAAGAGUGGGCAAGAUGUAGUGUUGCCUGAUGGAAGACUAGUGUUGUCCAAAGAUGUGAAGACGCCUGAUGAUCCUGGACCGGUUUUUAUUGUUCUAGAAGUGCCAGACAUCACGUAUCUAAAGGAAGACGAAUUCGCCGCGCACUUCGACGACGGCACGAACCCACAAGAGAACAUUCCAGCGGUUGUGGUACAUUACACUCCGCCGCAUGUGUUUGAUCAUCCCGUGUACCAAUCGUUUAUGGCUCUAUUUGGUCCAACAACCCGCCAUCUCAUAUUAAACGCAAAGAACUCAUGCCUCGGCUCAGAAGCAGUGCACAGGACGCAACACAAGUUGCACCUACUGGAUCCGGAUAUUUUCCCACUGCUGAAGGAUUUGAGUGUGCCCGCUGUGUGGAACGCCCAUCCGCCGUUGCCAAAGACAAGUAGCCCGAUAAGAUUAAAAGGCUUGGAGGAGCUGAAGAAUAAGAUCGCGCUGGCGCAGUUCCAGACUAUCAUCAAUAUGGAUGCGCCCGCGCAUGGUGAUGGAGAGCCUUCCCCGGAUGCAGGAAGACUGGAACUGCUAGCGGCUAGGACGCUUACUGUGUUUCAUUUAAGGCCUAAGCGGCAAUUGGAUAGGUCAGCAGAACCAAAGCUACACAUCCAGGACUACAUCCAAGAAACAAUGGAUGUAGAUGGCUUCGUGCCAAGUCUGGAACAAUUCCGUCGGCUCGUGGACACAAUGCGAUACGCUAAAAGUGACGCGAAGGAGUAUCCAAAAGUAGUGUUCCUUGGUACAGGGUCGUGUAUACCGAGCAAGACGAGGAAUACGAGCGCUAUUGUGCUGCAAAUUGAUGAACAGCGCUCAAUGCUCCUAGAUUGUGGAGAAGGCACUUUUGGUCAACUGGUACGAUUCUACGGACCGAAGCGUGUCAAUGCCUUCCUUAGAACUUUGAAGGCCAUUUAUAUAUCCCAUCUACACGCUGACCAUCAUAUUGGUUUAAUAGGCGUACUCCAAGCUCGUCGAGAAGCGCUAGACGAGAUAUCGGAUUCAGAAACAGAACCGGCUCAACCGUUAUAUCUAAUGGCGCCGGGACAAAUUGUCACUUGGCUGUCGAAGUAUGACCAGCAGUUUGAGAGCAUACGGGGAGAGUUUACGCUGAUACCUAAUCAGAACUUGACGGAAGCGAAGCAGUCAACGAACGGCGACAUGACGUCAGCGAUAUUAGCUUCUCUAGGAAUCGACCGGUUGGUGACAUGCUACGUGUCGCACUGCCCCAACGCGUUCGGCGUCGCCGUGCAGGUGGGCGACGGGCAUAAGGUCACAUACUCGGGCGAUACUAUACCGUGCGAUGAGCUGGUCAAGAUUGGUCAAAAUUCAACGCUCCUAAUCCACGAAGCGACAAUGGAGGAUGAGUUAGAAAACGAAGCGCGCAUAAAGAUGCACUCCACGACAUCGCAAGCGAUAGAAGUUGGCCGCGCUAUGUGCGCGCGCUACACCGUGCUCACGCACUUCAGCCAGCGGUACGCGAGACUGCCGCGCCUCAACGCGCACAUACUCAACGACAACAAGAGUGUGGGCAUCGCGUUCGACAACAUGCAGAUCACAAUGAGUGACCUAGACCUCCUCCCGCACAUGUACGCCCCUCUACAACUGAUGUUCGCGGAACAUUGCGUAGAGCUUGAACUGAAAGCGGCCCAUAGAGCACGAGUCAAAGAAAAGCAACCCUCUUCCCCAGCGAUACCCACUUCCGGUAGUAUACGGCACUAUAGCACUGACCAGAGACAAGAUACAGACGAUAAAAGUGACCAGAGACAAAACGCUAAUACACAACGGACUGACCAUAUACAAGAUACAGAUGAUAAAAUUGACCAUAGACAAGAUAACGAAAGUAAAGUAGAUAGAGAAGAUAUGUCAAAAGAAUCGACUGACCAUAGACAAACUUUAGACGGCCAUAUACAAGAUAUGGUCAUAGAUAAUAAAGAUGAUAUUGUUAGCGGUAGUUGUGCUUCAAGUAAAACUCAUUCUCCGUCUAGAGAGCAGACAUUAUCACAACCGAAACUUAAGUACAGAGAGAGCAAUGCAUCUAAACUCCGACAAGUACGAAACGGUUUAUUAUACGGUGGUAUUCUAACGCCGAGCCGCAGCAAAUCGUGUUCUCCUGAAAAACGCUCUACUCGAUCCAGCUUGCCAAGUACACCAGGCAGUGGAAGCGCACCGCAUUCUCCUGAGAGGACAUCUAGUUUAUCAUCUCGUGCUGCUAGCGCUCCUCCCAAGGAAAAUAAGUUAUGUAUGGAGAAAACUGCUGACUUACCGAAACCCACCACUGGCUCCAUAUCUAGUGCAAUUCGAUCGAAGAGUUCUAACAGCGGUGCUGCGCCAAAGGAUGAAGUUAAUUCCGAUGAUUACAAGAAAGGGAGAUGCAGUCCCAAGUCAAAUAAUAGUCAGAGCGCUUUGUCGUCUACAGGUACGGAAACACCAAGUGGUUACGGGAAGCCGCUUGUCACACCAUUGAAUAAAAGGCUCACAAUAAGAAGAGAAACCCGUGACAAAUGUAGAGUUGCAGAAUCUAAUCCAGUUGUGAAUACAAUAAAUCGAUCCAGAUCUCCCCUCAAAUCAUGGAAAGCGGAAAACAAACAGCCUCUUCCUGCAUCUCCUGCAAACCGUCGACCUGUGAGCAGCAGUAAAUUACCGGUUAGGACGCCAAUGCUUAAGGGUCGAGCGUCGCCUGCAUCGAGUCCUAAGUGUGAACAGAAUUGUGGCCUGCCUGUUAAUAGAUCUUUGCGGCAACCGUCGUCAUCACCUCCACUACGAAGUGGUUCUAUGGCUGCGAGACAAACACCUACGGAUAGAGCGCCAAAAGACACAAGAAGCAACACAAGUCAAAAUAGGCCGAGUUUCAAUAACAAUGUGUACGCACGCCAUAGAAGUUUUAAUUCAGGCUGUAAUUCAGCAACAGCAAGGGACUCGCUAAAAAGCAGGGAAAUUUUUAAGUCUGCGACAGGUGCAAGUAAAUCUUCUACACCAUCACGAGAGUCAAUUAAACCUCUAUACAAUCAGAAAAGAAAUAUUCCCAAAGAUACGAAACCAGUUUACAAUCGAGUAUCAAAUUUUUCCAACCAAAGCAAUAAAAGUUUCAAGCCUCAGCUAGAAGACAUUAAGAGUUCCUAUCUAUUGCUUCAGAAAAAUGUCAUGAAUCGAAAUAUGAAAUGUUCGCAGAAUACCAACAACGCGAGAUUGAAGCCUACACCCAGUACGGCAUUAUUAGAGCUUAUUGAGGAUUGCACGAGACCCUGGCGGCAUGGCAUCUACCCGCUCAACACUACGUCGAUGCCCCACUUGGACAUUCAAGACGGUCCUUUAUAUAAUAGUUACACUAUGAAACUCCUGUCCCACCUGUACCAAGACCUGAACCAAUCUCUGAAGAGAAGAGACGUAUGUUACUGUUAGAAGCGAAACAUAAGUUGAAAACUAAGCAAUUUUGGAAUGAUGAAAAGUAUAACAAAAUAGAAGGCCUCAAUUGGAUUUCGUGGAAAUAAAUGUCAAAUUGUAUUGUGAACCCAUGUAUAUUAUCGUGAUAUUACAUAGAAUUGUUACCGAGUUUACGAGCAUAUUUAUAAAUUAAAAAAAUUGAAAAAAAUUA